CUUGUCUCCGAGACCUUCUCGUCAGAACUUAUAGCAGCCCAGAACUCCAUAACUCACGAAACGCAGAACGAAAUGGCCAACUUCGAGAUCACCGCUGCGCCCGUGAACGCUUGCUAUCUCGUGAAGUGCGAUAGCUGCGGCAAGACGAGCUGGAAGGGAUGCGGCCAGCACGCCGACGCGGUGAUGCAGUCUGUCAAGGAAGAGGACAAGUGCACAUGCCCGCGGUGAACGCGAAGUCUGGCGAGGUUCGAGACUGGAAGCCCGGUGGAAGCUGGAGAUGGGGACGCGAGGAUAGCAGCAGGCGCGCUGGGAAACCUCGGUGAUACUGAUGUAGAACAGGGCACAUUGUAUUCUUGGGCUGAUCUGCGGCGUAGUGAAUGUAUCUGGGCGCUGCGUAGCCCGCGUCGGAG